CCUUCUCAAGUUGUGAUAGUGGAAGUUAGGUUCUCGCUUUAGUAGAGACGAAGAACGAGGCGUAGAAGAUGCAGGCCCUACGAACCGGAAUUCAAGUUCUUAGAUCGGCUUCUUCCUCUUCCUUAGCUUUAUCGCGGUGCUUUGAUGGCACUAUGCCUGCAAUUUCAGUGACCUGGAGAGGAGACUUCCUUGCAGAAAGGAAGUCCGUUCUGGGGUUUACUACAGGAGCCAGGACUUUGUUUCAAUCAGCUGCUUCUAUUACUUACUUGGACAAGAAGGAGGUGACCGCUCGCGUUAUGUAUCUUCUCAAAAAUAUCUCUUUUGUUGAUCCCAAAAGGUAACCCCAGUGGUGAAUUUCAAGGAUGACUUGCAAUUGGAUACAUUGGACAAUGUAGAAGUAAUGAUGGCAUUGGAAGAAGAAUCUUAUGUUAACAUCCCUGAGAGCGAAGCUAGUAGAGUUUCUAC